GCAGGGGCGGGACUUCCGGCCUGGCUCGGCCCGCGGGGCGGGAAGGUUUGAAUCGCUGUUGUUUGCCAGUGUUUUCCUCCGGGCUCUUCGCUGGCGCUUCCCCUGCUCAGCUACUCAGACCCGGGUCCUCCUGGCCCUGCGUUUGUGAUUGUUUCCAUCGAGCAGCUUCACUUGUUAAAAUUAAGAACAAUUCCUCGAGAAGCCGUCGUGGGCAGGCGCAGACGCCGCGGUUCCAGCCACUUGGCAAAUCAAAGCGCAAGGGCGGUUGAUGGGCCUCGUUACCACGACUUUUCAGCUCAGAACUGCCUCUUUGCCUUGGAAGGACAUUACCCAUCGUCAUCGUGAUGGUGGCUGAAGUGCGAAUGGUGCUUUAUGAAGACGAUUCCCUGCAAGUACAGUACGCUGAUGGCUCCAGACUGCAGCUUUCUCCCUGUGGCUCUGAAUUUUUAUUUGAAAAGGCACCUCCUGUUUCAGCACAUCCUUUAGAACAACCAGAAAGAAUUCGUCAGAGGACACACUUUGUUAUUAGCACUUACCGAGAGCAACUACAGAGAGCCCUAGAUUUUCGAAACGCUUUCGCCACUUGCCCUUUUUUAUCUGAAAGCAUUCUACCUCCUGAAAGAAAAAAGCGUAUCCUCAUUGACAUCCCAGAAGUGAGAUGGCCCAGUCUUGGUACUGACGGUGGCAUGAUAUGCACGCAGAGUGGCGCCGUGAAGGUACCAUCUGUAGAUGGUCAUGCAUACCUCUGUCUGCCCAAAUCUCAUCAGGAAUUUACGGUACAUUUUUUGUGUAAAGUGAGCCAGAAGCCAGGCUCAUCUGUAGCAUUGUCAGAAAAAAAUAAUCAGGCCCCAAAAGAACAAGUAGGAAAAGCAGACAAAACCCGUGCAUAUGGAAGUUUACCAGGACAGAGACAGAAGAAUAAAGAGAACGAACUUCACUGUCAGAUUGUGAAACCCAAAGGACCUUCCGAGAAGAAGCCUUGUGGGAACAGAACUGAGGUGGAGGAGACACUGCCUUUGCCUGGUCCCAAGCACAGCUGUGUCCACGCGUGGGUAGAGCAGCGCUGCUCUGUGUCCUCCUGUCCGGAGGAAUGGAAAUACCCUCUGUCUUUAGCACUUCGCUUUCAUAGUAAAAUCAGCAAUAUGUCUGGAACUGAUGUAACUCCCCCCCAGAGUACAGUGUUAACGUCUGCUGCUGCAGAGGAAAGAGGAAAAGAGAUUUCUGUUCUUCCCAGGGCCCUGCUGCUCAGCUGUCCUGUCCCACACCUGCACAGGUGGACUUUCUGUGAUUCACUUUCGCAGGGGCAGUCUGAUGAAGAAGAAUAUUCCUACUCUGAACUAGUGAAAGUGGUCUGGCACAAGGGUGUUACGUACAGACUUACCCAUAAAAAUGUGAACUCAGUAGAGAUUUAUCCUGGAGAUGGAUCUGUUUUCAAAUCAGAAGGAGCUUAUUUUGGGAACUAUUUUACAUACUAUUCCAUUCAAGAAGGAUCAGAAGAGAGGGAAGAGAAAAUGUAUUCAGUAAAUAAUCUUCCUCCAGAGAGACCAGGAAGUCUGUUCUCUGUGUGUUCUCUAAUUAAACAGGCCACCAGGAUUCUUCAGCACUGUGCCAAGACGAGGCUUUCUUUAAGCCAUAACUACCGUAUAUGCUGCUGGAAAAUGGUACCUGGGAUAAAAGAGAAUAUGCUGCCUUUGCUUGUGAGAGAAUCGUUCAUACCCAGUGUGGGAAAAUUUCUUGCUUAUUCUGAUGAUAAAGUACAUGUCAUCUUUAUAGAUGGUGUUACUCUAACCCUAAAUUGGAAUUUUGGCUCUUUUAAUGAAAAAAGACAGAUAAAUCAAGGUCUCAACUUAGGUUGGUGUAAGUUAACUUUUCCUGAUGGACACGAUCAGUUAAUUCAGAUUGAACACCCCGGACCAUAUGAAAGAUAUGUGUCAACAGUAAUAUCCUGGUGCAGAAGACUGACGCAGACUAGUCAGAGAGAGAUGCCCACUCGUUCUGUUCUUGAAGAAAAUUGGUGUGUGGCUUCUGAACUUGAAAAGAUACAGAAGUUUAACUUGUUACUGGAGAAUAGUGGUGUCCUAAACCAGAUUUCUAACAAGAAAAAUGAACAAUCUUUUGAUUGUAAACCAAACUAUUCAGAAAGCUUGCUAGAAGAAGUUAAUGAAAAGAGAGUAUCAGUGGCAUUGAAAAGAACCUCUGAAAUUAUUCAGGAUAUUGAUUGUCUUCUAUCAAGCUCUAAAAAGUGAAAAAUGAAAUUAUUACAAUAUAUUAUUAAAUCUUAAGGAUGUUUCAAAUCACUGGUAUAAAAUUACUAGAAAACAAAAGAAUUGUAUAUAUGACUUCGGUACAAUAAUCUGAGAAGUGACAUUUAACUUUGGAUGUAUUUUACCUAACGUAAAUUUAAAA